AUGGCGGACCUUGCCCCUUACGCUCUUAUUUAUGACCCCUCGCCAACCGACCGGCCUUCUGUCCAGGACUUUAAGAACCACCUGGAAAAAGGUUCGGAUGAUGUCAAGAUUGAUGCCAUGAAGCGUCUUCUUGUCAUCAUGAUUAAUGGCGACCCUAUGCCUCAAUUGCUUAUGCACAUUAUUCGUUUUGUCAUGCCUUCUAAGAACAAGCAGCUUAAAAAGCUUCUUCACUUCUAUUGGGAGGUUUGCCCAAAACUCAACCCUGACGGUACUCUCAAGCAGGAGAUGAUUCUUGUCUGCAAUGCUAUUCGCAAUGACCUUCAGCAUCCUAACGAGUAUAUCCGUGGUGCAACUCUUAGAUUUCUUUGCAAACUUCACGAGCCUGAACUUUUGGAUCCUUUGAUUCCCUCCAUUCUCUCAUGUCUGGAACACCGUCAUGCCUAUGUUCGCAAGAAUGCUAUUUUCGCCGUUUACAGCAUUGCUAUUGAGCCUGCUACCAGUCAUCACAUUCCCGAACCAGCAGAAACCAUCCAGACUUUCCUUGAUGCAGAGACUGAUGCUACCUGCAUUCGCAAUGCUUUCAUUGCCCUUUCCAAUCUUGACCGUGAACGCGCCAUUGAAUUUGUUCGUUCUAAGGCUUCCAAUGCUGCAGCUCUCGAUGAGCUUCUUCAGCUUGCUUUCAUUGAGUUCAUCCGCAGAGAUGCUGCUCACAACCCGGAUUACGUCCCCCUUUACCUUAAGAUUAUUUUUGAUAUUCUUGAUUCUUCUUCCAAUACUGCAAUUUAUGAAGCCGCAAAUGCUCUUACUAGACUUUCUUCUGAUCGCAAUGCCAUCAAGGGUGCUGCCACCAAACUCAUUGAGCUUGCUGUUAAAGAGCCCGACAAUAACGUUAAGCUUAUUGUUUUUGAACAAGUCAACAAGCUCCACCAAAAUAACCCAGGUAUCCUCAACGACCUUGCCGUCGACAUUCUUGCUGCCUUGUCUUCUCCUGACUUUGAGAUUCGCCAAAAGGCUCUCAAGAUAUCUCUUUCUAUGGUUACCAGCCGGAAUGUGGAUGAUGUUAUUAAGCUCUUGAAGAAGGAACUCAACAAGACCUUGACUCAGGAUUAUGAAAAGAAUUCUCUUUACAGACAACUUCUCAUUCAAUCCAUUCAUACAUGUGCUGUGCGUUUUGCCGAAGUUGCCAAGAGUGUUGUUGAAAUGCUUCUGGAUCUUUUGAAUGACGAAGAUUCUGCUUCAAGUUCAUCUGCGAUUGAUGUCAUCAACUUUGUCAAGGAAGUUGUUGAAAUCUUCCCUAAUAUGCGCGCUGAACUUAUUUCCAAACUUAUCGUUGCUUUGGAGAAUGUUCGUACAGCAAGCGCUUACCGAAGUGCUAUUUGGAUUGUUGGUGAAUACUCGCAUGAUGAAAGCGAAAUUAAGAGUGCUUGGGCCCUUAUUCGUAAGAGUCUUGGUGAAGUCCCCAUUCUUUCUUCCGAACAAAGACUUCUUGAAGAGGCCGAGCAGUCUUCGGAGUCCACUCAAACUAAUGGUGUCUCUGAGGAGCCUCACAAGAGUAGCAAACCGAAGGUGCUUUCUGACGGUACCUAUGCUACAGAAACUGUCUUUUCUACAAGCCAAAAGGCACAAGAUCAGGUCAAGUCCAAUAGACCUCCUCUUAGAUCUUUCAUUCUUGAUGGGUCUUGGUUCCUUGCUUCUGUUUUGGCCUCGACCAUUACCAAGCUCACUCUUAGAGCUUUAGAUGUUAGUGAAAAUGAAGGUUUUAAGAAUGCUCUUCGUGCUGAAGCCAUGCUUAUUUUGAUUUCAAUCAUUCGCGUGGGUGAAUCUUCUUUGGUCGCCAUCAAGAUUGAUGAGGAUACUACUGACCGUAUUUACUCGUGCAUUCGGGUUCUUGGUGAGGGCUACGACAACGAGACUAUUGACAAGGCCUUCUUGUAUGACAGCAGAAAAGCUUUCCAACAUAUUGUUCAAGAGAAGGAAAAGCAGCGCGCUGAGUCUACUGCCUCUGAACGCGAAAAACAUGCUUCGCAGGCUGAUGAAACUAUUCCUUUCAGACAAUUUGCUGCUCUUAAUACCGCCUCUGAAUCUACUAACAGUGAUAGCUUGGAUAACGAUCUUGUUCUCGCUUCUGGUUCUAACUCAGAUGCUUCUGCUGAAAAGGUCACUUCCAAGUUGGCUCGUAUUGUUCAGCUUACUGGUUACUCGGAUCCUGUUUACGUUGAGGCAUACAUCAAUGUCCACCAAUUUGAUAUUGUUCUGGAUAUUCUUAUCUUUAACCAAACUCUUGAGACACUCCAGAAUCUUUCUGUUGAGUUUGCUAGCAUUGGUGACAUUCGCGUUUCUAGUAAACCAUCUUCACAGAAUAUUGGCCCUCAAAGCUUCCAUACCUUGCAGGCUAGUUUCAAGGUUUCAUCUGCUGAUGCUGGUGUUAUUUUUGGCAAUGUUAUUUAUGGUGGUUCCACCGCUGGUGAUAACAAUAUUGUCAUUCUUAAUGAUAUUCAUGUUGACAUUAUGGAUUACAUCAAGCCUGGAAACUACACAGAAACUGAAUUUAGAUUGCUGUGGAGCGAAUUUGAGUGGGAGAACAAUGUCAGCAUUAGUGUCCCAGGCAAUUCUCUUCGUGGUUUCCUCAAGUAUCUGUUGACAAAUGCCAACUUUGCAUGCCUCACUCCUAGCGCUUUGAGCCGCAGCGACAGCUCUGAUGAAAAUGCCAAUGAGGACGAUGAUGACUGUCAAUUCUUGAGUGCCAACUUACAUGCUCGCAGCAAGUUUGGCGAGGAUGCUCUUGCCAAUCUCAGUAUUGAAAUUAACGAGGCCACAAACCGCAUCACAGGCCAUGUCCGUAUCAGAUCUAAGGGUCAAGGUUUGGCUCUGUCACUGGGUGACCGGGUUGCUGACUUGCAGCGACAGCGCAUCAUUGAAUAUGCACAAAAGUCGGAGCUGCGAUGA